UGUGAAGACUGUUCAUACUUUCAGGAUAAAAUGGCAAAGAUGCUGUUAAUGUAAGUCAUGCGUCUACUGUUUUAAAUACUGAAUUUUCUCUGUUUUCUUUCUUUUUUUUAGACACUGAAAACCCAUAAAAGUUUGACUAAAAAAUAUAAAAAUGCCCAGAAAAAGUAUAGACUAUGGAGGUCUUCCAGAGUAUGAGAAAAGCCAGAUCAAAAGGACCUUGGAGUUGGGAACUGUUAUGACAGUAUUCAGUCUUAAGAAGAGUAGUCCAGAAAGGAGGACUAUUCAGGUCAUAAUGGAAACCAGGCAGGUGGCAUGGAGCAAAACAGCUGACAAGAUUGAAGGUUUCUUGGAUCUGUUGGAAAUAAAAGAAAUUCGCCCAGGAAAGAAUUCAAAGGACUUUGAGCGUUGCAAAGCGAAACAAAGAGAAGAACACUGCUUUACUAUUUUUUAUGGUACCCAGUUUGUCCUCAACACCUUAAGUUUAGCAGCUGACUCUAAAGAUGAUGCUGAUAAAUGGCUGUGUGGCUUGAAUAUCUUGUAUCAAGAGGUCAUUAGUGCUCCCACACCUGCGAUCACGGAGAGCUGGCUGAGAAAGCAGAUCUAUUCUGUUGAUCAAACUAGAAGGAACAGUAUCAGUCUUAGAGAGCUGAAAACUGUCCUUCCCCAAGUAAACUUCAAAGUGAGCAGCAUGAAGUUCUUGAAGGAUAAAUUUGCGGAAAUAGGUGCUCAUAAGGAAGAGCUUAGUUUUGAACAGUUUCAUUUGUUCUACAAGAAAAUCAUGUUUGAACAACAGAAAUCGAUUCUUGAUGAAUUCAAAAAGGAUUCCUCUGUGUUCAUUCUUGGAAAUACUGACCGUCCAGAUGCCUCAGCAGUUCAUCUCCAUGACUUCCAGAGAUUCCUGCUACGUGAGCAGCAGGAAUCUUGGGCACACGAUCUCAGUAAAGUCCGAGAACGAAUGACGAAGUUUAUUGAUGACACUAUGAGAGAAACUGCUGAACCCUUUCUCUUUGUUGAUGAGUUCCUUACUUACCUUUUUGCAAAAGAAAACAGUAUUUGGGAUGAGAAAUAUGAUUCAAUAGAUGUGCAAGACAUGAAUAAUCCUUUGUCUCACUACUGGAUUUCUUCCUCUCAUAACACGUAUCUGACAGGAGACCAGCUUCGAAGUGAAUCCUCCACAGAAGCUUAUGUCAGGUGCCUUAGAAUGGGCUGUCGAUGUAUUGAGUUGGAUUGCUGGGAUGGUCCUGAUGGAAAACCCAUCAUUUACCAUGGAUGGACACGGACAACAAAGAUCAAAUUUGAUGAUGUAGUACAGGCAAUCAAAGAUCAUGCCUUUGUUGCAUCUGAAUACCCACUCAUUCUGUCAAUUGAAGAGCACUGUAGCGUGGAGCAGCAGCGACACAUGGCCAAAGUGUUCAAGGAGGUAUUUGGGGAUCAGCUUUUAAUGAAGCCUGUUGAAGCCAGUGCAGAUCAGCUACCAUCACCAACCCAGCUGAAAGAAAAAAUCAUCAUCAAGCACAAAAAACUGGGGCCAAAGGGAGAUAUUGACGUGAACUUGGAAGACAAGAAAGAAGAAAAAAACCAGCAAGGAGAACUUUACAUGUGGGACACAAUAGAACAGAAAUGGACUCGGCACUACUGUGCUAUUGCUGAUGAAAAGCUUUCAUUCAGUGAUGAUAUCGAACAGAAUGCUGAUGAAGAUUUAACAAAGGAGGUGAAACGUACUGAACUGCACUUAAAAGAGAAAUGGUUCCAUGGGAAAAUGAAAGAGGGGAGAACAACUGCUGAGAAACUGCUUCAGGAAUAUUGUGCUGAAAUGGGUGGCAAGGAUGGGACAUUCCUAGUUAGGGAAAGUGAAGCUUUCCCUAAUGAUUGCACCUUGUCAUUCUGGAGGUCAGGUAGAGUCCAGCACUGCCGGAUCCGAUCUUCGACUGAUGGGGACACUGUGAAAUACUACCUGACGGACAACCUCACUUUUGAUAGCAUCUAUGAUCUCAUUCAACACUACAAGGAAGCCCACUUACGAUGUGCUGAAUUUGAGCUUCGCCUGACUGAUGCAGUCCCUAAUCCCAGCCCUCACGAGACUAAAGAUUGGUACUAUAGCAACUUGAGUCGGGGAGAGGCAGAAGACAUGCUGAUGCGAAUUCCUCGAGAUGGAGCCUUUUUAAUUAGAAAGAGAGAUGAACCUGAUUCGUUUGCCAUGACUUUCAGAGCGGAAGGGAAGGUGAAGCACUUCCGAAUUCAGCAAGAAGGUCGUCACUUUGUGCUUGGAACCUCGGCCUAUUUUGAGAGUUUAGUGGAGCUGGUAACGUACUAUGAGAAGCAUCCGCUGUACAGGAAGAUGAAAUUGCGUUACCCGGUAACUGAGGAGCUGCUGGAGCGCUACAGCGUGGAAAAAGAUGUUAACUCCCUUUACGAUGUCAAGAUGUAUGUGGAACCCAGUGAAAUCACCCCUACAGUGCCUCAGAGAACCGUGAAAGCCUUGUAUGACUACACAGCCAAAAGAAGUGAUGAAUUGAGCUUCUCUCGAGGAGCUUUAAUUCAUAAUGUCACAAAGGAAACAGGAGGCUGGUGGAAGGGGGAUUAUGGAGAAAAAGUCCAACAUUAUUUUCCAUCUAAUUAUGUUGAAGACCUGUCAUCUGAAAACUCUGCUGAGCUUGAAAACCAGAUUAUCGAGGACAAUCCAUUAGGCUCUCUAUGUCGCGGCAUACUGGUACUCAAUACUUACAAUGUUGUGAAAAUGCCACAAGGGAAACACAAAAAGCCUUUUGUGUUCAUUCUGGAACCUAAGAAUCCAGAAGAUCCAUGUGUUGAGUUUGCAACUGAUAAAGUAGAAGAACUCUUUGAGUGGUACCAAAGUAUCCGUGAAAUCACUUGGAAAACUACAGAAGAGGAGAACAGGAGGAAAUACUGGGAAAAGAAUCAGUUGAUUGCUAUUGAAUUAUCUGAUCUGGUAAUCUACUGCAAGCCAACAAGCAAAACCAAGGACAACUUAGAAAACCCUGAUUUCAAAGAAAUCCGUUCUUUUGUGGAAACCAAGGCGGAGAGCAUUGUUAAGCAAAAGCCAGCUGAGUUGUUGAAAUACAACCUGAAGGGACUGACACGUGUCUAUCCUAAAGGACAGAGGGUCGACUCAUCCAACUAUGACCCAUUUCGCCUUUGGCUUUGUGGCUCCCAGAUGGUGGCUCUUAACUUCCAAACUCCAGAUAAAUACAUGCAAUUGAACCAUGCCCUAUUUUCACUUAAUGGACGCACUGGCUAUGUUCUCCAGCCAGAAAGCAUGCGAAAUGAAGAAUAUGACCCAAUGCCAAAUGACUCGAAAAGGAAACUGCAGAUGAUUAUGACAGUGAGGGUUUUAGGUGCUCGUCAUCUCCCUAAACCUGGCAGAAGCAUUGCUUGUCCCUUUGUAGAGGUAGAGAUUUGUGGGGCUGAAUAUGAUAACAACAAAUUCAAGACAACAGUUGUGAAUGACAAUGGCCUUAAUCCAGUUUGGGCUCCCUGUCCAGAACAAGUGAAAUUUGAAAUUUAUGAUCCAAAUCUAGCGUUCCUGCGCUUUGUUGUGUAUGAGGAGGAUAUGUUCAGUGAUCCCAAUUUCUUAGCACAUGCCACUUUUCCCAUCAAAGGAAUCAAGUCAGGUUUUAGAUCAGUUCCUCUCAAGAACGGCUAUAGUGAAGAUAUAGAGCUGGCCUCACUUCUAGUUCACUGUGAGAUGCAACAAAUUCUGGAAAGUGAAGAAGAGCUUUACUCCUCAUGUCGGCAACUUCGAAAGCGCCCGGAGGAGCUUAAUAACCAGCUGCUCCUUUAUGACACCCAUAUGAAUUCAAGGAAUCCUAACAGAGAUGCUAUAUUGAAAGAAUUCAGUGUGAAUGAGCACAAACUACAGAUAUAUCAAGACACAUGCAACCGCAGAUUAAAGGAGAAGAAAGUCAGUAACAGCAAAUUCUACUCUUAAAGCAGUCAUUCUUUGAUGCGUCCUUUAUGAUGCAAUUCAGGAAGAGAUUUAACUUAUCCUGGUCAUCCUGCUUAAUGGCAGUCUCAUCAGACUGAAUGAUUGGAAGAAGAAGAAGAGGCAGAAGGACGGGUUUCCUUAUCAAUUUCUUGUUACAAGAAAAACUGUUUUAAUUCCUAAUAUUCUGUACAAAGCAAACCCUCUGUGCAGGCCAGGCCUUCUGUGUAUUCAAGAUUUAUAAAAUUUGAGGGCACGUAGUUGGAUAGACCUUGCUUCUCAUUAUCAAUACCUGAAGUACAAGUAUAAAUCAUCCACUCUAUUUGUAUACGCAGGCUAUAGGUAAGAUGUUUGUAACAAUUUACAUGCAUGGAAUCACACCACUUCAGCAAUCUGGCUAUUUAAGAUUAACUGGUAGUCAGUUUUUUUAAUUUAUUAAAUGCUGUAAAAGCACUUCUGCACCAGCAAUGUCAUGUCAUGUGUGUUACUGUGCCUGAGCCAGCAGACAGUACUUCUGAUACUGUAUAAAAUACUUCGGGCAGCUGGUAGCUCAUACUCUGUUGUGUCAUGUUAAAAGUUUUCUGUUACAUUUUUGAGACCUAGAUAAUAUGUAAGUUUGAUUGAAAUGAAA